AGCGCCGGCGCGGGUCAGAGGGCGCCGUGUCCGGUUGCCGUGGCGACGGGACGCGCGGGCCCGGCCUUCACUUGGCCGCCAUGGGCGAGAGGACGUACAACUCGUCCGUGUUGCUCCACAACUGGUUCGAGGACAUCGCCUUGGAUCAGGAUGUUCUUAAAGACUUCAUUAACAGGAAGGAACGUGGCGAGCUUUUGAUGCAAAAACUAGGAUCUUUUAAAGAUGAUCUGCUGAAUAAGACUGAGCUCGCCAAAAAUGCUGAUGGGCAUAUUCAUUUUGGGGACGAAGUGUUACUUAUAAAUCCAGGCAGCGACCAGAAUCAUCCCAGCGAUCUGCUUCGUGCCCCCAUGGCACUGACAAUGAACAUUGAUCAAAGCAGAUUUAUGGCUAGCAAACAAGUUGAUUCUCCAUGUGAUGUAAGCGGCAGUGAGAACAUAACCCCUUGCGUGAGAAAUACUUUUAUUAUCACAAGUGUUGAUGGUAGUUGCAAAGGUGAUCCUCUUCGAUAUGGACAGAACUUUACCCUUAGAACAUUGGAGGGGGUCGCAGGACAGCUAUUUCUGACAAGUGAUAUGAAAUUAUUUUUAAAAUUUGCCAAGAAGUCUCGGAUGCAACUAGUGCAUUUGAUAGAUCAGCUCUCCUUCCUGAGUUGCUGGCAGGUUUUGUACCUGGACCCACAGAUGCGACUUGAGUACGAUGGAUACCCAGUACCAGCUAACAUAAAAGUACUUAUCAACCAUGCCCGAACCAAUCAAGCUUUAGCAGUUUUUCAGCAGCACUCCUUUUGGACAAUGUUUGGAAAAGAACAUGAAAUUACCACUCACACCUUCUUUGAUCCCCAUCGGGCUGAAGAAGACCUGAACCAUUGGAUAAUUGUCACUGGGGACCCAGGUGUUCCCCACGGCACCUUGUUUCAAAGGCCUCCACCUAUUUGUCAAGACCCAGAACCAAAGAAAGAGCCCAGCCAGGAGUAUCCCGACUGCAUCAAUCAAAAAUGAAGUUUAUUGUCCACAAAAUGAGCUAACAUACCUUAUGAUCUACCAAGAUUCAUUCAAACAUAAAGGUAUCAGUUCCCCUUCCCCAACCUGAAUUAGUCUUUAACCAACAACACAAUUCUGUAUGUGAGCUUCCUGUAUGUAGAAUGUUGAAUAUAACCAAUCAGGAAAUGUUGAUGGAAGUUACACAUUUCUCCAACGUGUGCAGAAUGUGAUGUCCACUGUUACCAAAACCCAUCAAGGAAUGAGAGGCAACGUUUAAAAUAUUAACCACUAUAUUCUUUAAGUAAACCAACUAAUUGUACUUGUUCUCUACUUUCAUUAAAAUAUCUAAAUAAACAUCAAGUAAAUUUAUUAAAAUGGGGUCAGGUUUGUGGACUUGACUCUGUCAAUAAUGGAA